AUGAGUAUAAUAAAUUGGAUUCUAAAACGUUCCUCAAAUGACAAAGGGCACAACAACGUCGAGUUUACUACUGCAGAUAUUCAUCUAAUCAACAGUGUGCUAAGGAAUGGCAAUAACCUUAGAGGUAGACCUUUAGUGAACCGCCCCAAUGGAAAUAGAACCCUUCACGCCUACGAACAAAGUGAUUUAGAAAAAUCAAGCUCUGAAGAAACGAGAAUUAAAAUCCCAGGAGAUGAAGGCUCUGAAUAUAAUUUUUAUCAUCAACAAAGAAAUUUUAUUCAGGAUUUGGUUCUGAACAAACCUUUUGAAACCGAAUAUUACCUCAGCGACUUGAGAAGAAAGGGGGAUGGCUUCCUUGAGUUCUAUUUAGACCGAUCCGAACACAAUGAAGGUACAGAGGUGCAGUUUGAUAUAGGUUGUAAUUCAUCCAUAAAUAUUCCAGAUUUUCAAGAGCAUGUUGUAUGCACAGGAAGGUUCGAAGUGAAACAUCACGCUGAAGAGCUUGGUUCAGUAUACUUAACAUAUCAUAAGUUGAUGGGAGUUGACACCAAGGAAUGUAUCAGAAAGAUUUCAAAGAACUUAAGGUCUCAAGCUAAUGGGGAUUGCAUUUAUAACACAACUCCAUUUCCAAAUUAUGAAACUUUUAUGAAGAAUAAGUUUAUGCUAAGGAUAUAUCCAAUGGAUUUGAUGGAUGUUGAAAAAGUGCUGACAAAGUUUUUGACACUACCACACCAGAGGCCCAUGAGUUCAAGUCCACAAUAUCAUUCUGUCAGAUGAUGACUACUACCGGCAUCCCUCGCUCAAUAACCUUGGUGAAAGAUUUGACCGCAGAUUUGA